UCACGCAUUUUCCAGAUCUUAUUGCAUGCUGGUUUCAAAUCUUAUUUACAGAUAUUUUGAAAAUAUCUCAAACACCACUGACACGGCCUACACCGUGUUUCACAGAUGGCUGUAGACAUUCACUGUUCAAACUCUCUUUCCUGAUCUUCUCCGACAAUUCGGACCAGAAAUUAAAAAUUUGGAUUGAUCACUCCAUUAGACCUCAGACUUUUCUCACUGUUUUGAUCCUCAGCGACCCUUCCACUGAAAACAUUUCGCUUUCAGUUCCUGUAUCAACUCUUUGCUGGAUUUUUUGUUGUUUCUUAAGAACAUGACUUCUAGAAAGUGUUCAUCUUCUGUAAAUAGGUUUUUAGGUCUGAAACUUUUUCUUUUGUCCUCCAAUAUUCCAGUCUCCAGGUUGACCAAGAAGUGCAAUGUCUUAAAAAUCAUAAGUACUCAAAAAGCUGGAUUAAUAUAACUUGAGUUGAGAUGUAACUUCACAUUCAGUCAGGAAAAGAUUGAUGUUGCAGUCUCGGGCAGGGGGCUGCAGCUGCUCUUUAUAUGGAUUUAAGGCUGUUGUGAGUGAGACCUGGGAUUUUUUUAUCAGUGGCUGCGGCUCAGGUGGUAGAGUGGGUCAUCUGGCAGUCAGAAAGGCAGUGGAUCAGUCCCUGAAUUCUCCAGUCCACGUUUCUGAUUGGAAGCUCAAGCUUCAGUCCAUUUUGUUUAUCACUCUUCUCAUUUGUGUUUAUGUAUAUAUAUUUUUUUGUUUGCUUUUUGCUCGUAUUGCCAGGCAGUGGAAACACUGCACACAGUUUCCCCUGUAUGGAAGAUUGAAGAGUCCAAUUAUUAUUUCUCUCUUUUUGUUGAUUAUUUGUAUAAAGGAACUUUAAACUUCCCUUCUCUCAGUUUGCCAGUCUUUUACUUCCCCCCCACUUUCACCUAUAUUUUAAAGUACCACAGUGAUUCAUUUUUCUACCUGUUAGCCAGAGGUAACUGCAGUAUUUGCUUCUUGUUUAUCUCAAACAACAUGCUGCCUGUCCUUUUUCUCCUUUUUAUUUCCUUUGAGGGUACAGCCCAAAACCAGACUCUGAGUUCCCCGACAGCUCCAGUGACUCACAAAGAAACAUUUCCUCCUCUAUGGGUGGUGGCCACGCCGGACUACCCGGUUGCAGCAGGACAAAAAGUAAGCCUGUACUGCAGCAGUUCCAUAAUAUCAGUGACUGGGACUUGGUCAUGGGUACGCCUGCGAAAUCAGACCUGGGAAAAAGAGGGAAACAGUAGGGAACUGAUCCUGACCAAGCCAGAGCAAAGUGGGGAGUACCGCUGCUGUUCUUCAGUUGUCAACUGCGCAAACCAAACCUACACAGUUUACAUCAUUUCAACACAAACCACAGUGGGAGAGAAUUUAGGAAUAACAGCCUUCGUCUUUUCUCUUCUGAUCUUGAUCAUCAUCAUCAUCGCUGCUGUUAUUUUUUUCUGGCUGGGCUUCCAAAGGACCAGUGGAACAGUGACCACCUCCAGCACUCCAGCAGUUAAAGAUGUUCCUGGACCUGAAAUUACACCAACGGGAGAUCUUCCACAGCCUGACACCGACGUGUACAUAAACUACACUAGCCAAGGCUACGCCGAUGUGGAACCCGCCAAUGUGACCUGGGAGGGUGUGUACUCAAGUCUCUCGUGA